AUGGUGACGGGCUUUGGUAGCGGUCGAUUUUUCCUGGGAAGCAAAUGGCUGAAAUUGGCGAUCACGGGGAUCAUCAUGCUAGCUAGUGUGACAUCAGAGCAUGAAACGGGGACAUCAUCUGCUUCAGCCGGGUUACUAUGCAUCAGUGAUUGUGUAACAUGUCCAGUCAUUUGUUCACCGCCACCUCCACCGCUGUUGAAGUCAUUAUCGCCACCGUCACCAUCGUCACUUCACCUCUCUCCGCCCGAACCUUAUUACACCCCACGGUCCCCAUCAGAAUCUGAAGACACUCACUUCCCACCACCAUUAGAAUUUGAAUUAUUUCCUCCAUCUCCAUCUCCACCGAGGCCACCCCCACCCCCACCGGCACAAUCAUCAUAUUCUUCAAAGGCCAGUCCUCCACCGCCUCGUUUUGUGUACUUCUUCAACGCACCUCCAAGUCAAGGUCAAGGGCUACCUACAGGAUUAGGACCGCACGAGUAUCCCUAUCCUUACUACUACUAUCCAUCAAAGGCCUCCCCUCUUUCUUUCCAGGCAACCGUAUUACCUGUGAUGUUGUUUUGUUUCACUGCUGUGUUAUAA